UUCCAAGUCAUCAGCCAACGGGUGUGUCUGAGCACAAAAUCCUGCUUUUUUGAAGACGAGGAUCGGCAUUGCGUGUUGUCGUGGGGGGGGCUCUGGUCGGAUGUCGUGGGUCGUAUAGAACCGGGUCGUGCUGCGGCUCGGUCUGCUGCUGUGGGUUCAGAGUGAGUGUUCCCCCUUUAGAAGUCAAAACGGCAUGUGAUUUGAUUUCACGCUCUUUUAUCCUUUAACUGGCCUGAUAACGGGGACGGGGAAGAAAGAAAAAAAAGCAAUGAUGUUUGUGUGUGUGCGUGUGUCUGUAUAACGACUCUCCAUCAUCUCCUAGCAGGGGAUCCAUUAGCCCUGGACCCCCUCCCCGGUUGCCCAGUGAUAAAGUAAACAAAGUGUGUUUGGCCAAUCCGACUUGCAAAUAUUUGCUCUGGCAGCUACCUCAUCCUCCGGCCGUGUGCUGAGGUAUAUAUACAGGGGCCGACCUGACGGUCCAGUAUUACAUAUGCAAACACACGUACAGAAAGUAGAUCCAUCAAUGACGCAGGACAGACCUCUCCUCAGACUUCAACACAGAUUCACCUGAACCUGGCAGCUACGUUUUGAGAAGCCGACAAUGGCGGCAGACGUCAUUAGAAACUUCCUCAUUCAGGCCCCGACUCCAGCCUACUUCCCCCUGGUUUUCCAGCACUCUCCAUGCAAGGAGGCCGAAGAUGUGGAAAUGCUGGAGGACAAACCGGAGAUGAGGGAAGAUGAGGAAGAAAGAGAGGGAGACGAGGAGGAGGAGGAGGAUGAUGAGGAGGAGGAGGAUGAAUCUGAAGCUCAGGAGGAAGAGGAGGGAUGCUUGGAGGUUUUCUUAAAUCCUGCCCACUACGCGUUGGAUGUGACCAAGCAGUUGCUGAGGUUCGCGGACCUCAUCAGCCGGGACGUCCAGCGGUAUUUCGGCCGCUGCUCCGGUGAUCAAGAAGCUUGUGACAUCUACAGCGACUCGGUCUCCGUGACGACCAGCGGGCGUCUGCGUUACUAUGACGACCUGCUGAAAAUUGCGAGAGCAGGAAGCCCAGAGGUGCAAGAAAACCGCUUGAAGACUGGUGCCGAGGACCAAGGAGUCGGCGUUGCUAAGGGCAACAGCAGUCUGGGGCCCCUGGCUGAGCUGUUCAACCAAAGGGGCCACAGUCAGGGCCGCGGCCGGCCCAUGGUCAAGCGGCUCCUCCCACUCAGCUUCUGGACCGAGCCCAUCCCCUGCUGCUCUCCGGUCAGUUUCAGCAGCACACCUGACGUCACGCACACGCACAGUGACACGCCUUCACAGGCCUCUGACGCACACGCGCAGCACAGCGCACACGCGGACUCUGACGCGCACGCGCAGCACAGCGCACACGAAGACUCUGACACGCACACCCUGGACAACCCUCAGCUGGACUUCAGUGACUUGCUGGCCUACUGGGAUCCGAACCCCGAGCUCACGCACACACUGACGGAGAACACACACAUGCAGCAUUAAGCCCCCUGCGGGGACUCACAGGGCAGCAUUCGAUUGGCUAAC